GUCGUAUACAUUGUCUGUCACAUGGAGAGUGUUCACCCCAACAAGACCCGCCUCUUCCAGUAUCAGAGUCCCUGCAGAAGAGAGGUUUUUGAGUUAUAAAUAAAUUAAUAAUAAAAAAGCGGGGGAAUGACAGCAUUGAAAACUUGAGAUUGGACAAUCCCUCCCACAGGUCACUGUUUUUGUUCUCCUGUCGUCGCUGAAGUCAGCAAUGUCAGCCUCACUGACGGCAGAGCAGCAGCAGAAGAUUGAGGAGAACCGUCAGCGAGCUCUGGCCAGGAGAGCAGAGCGGCUUGCUGCCCAACAGCAAGGGGCACAGGCAGGACGGGCCAACCCCCCUGCCCUUCUGCAGAGCACCAGACCUCAGCUACCCAAACUGCCCUCUGCACACCCUAGACUAGGGGUGGCCCAGUCCCAGCUCUCCAAACCGACAAGGGUCUUUGUGCAGAGCAGCAAUAACCACAAUCCAGCAGGGGGCUACUUCGCCUUGGGACGAGCUCAGGACAAUACCAAUGGACAGCAAAAGCUGGAGUCUUGGCACAGCGCAGGACAAGGUUCUGCACGCCAUCCAAUUCAGAACCAGUCUUCUCAUGUGCAAGGUAGACCCCCCCAAGAUUUCAGUGUUCAGCGGAAAGCAGAUUUCCCCUCCUGGUCUGGCUCAGGAAUUAAACCCACAGAAACAAAGACUGAGUCUGGGAAGGCAUGUUCGGCAGCCCCUGCCUCCUCAACCAGCAAAUUUUACAGUACAGGGGUGAAAUCAGCCAACCAGGGCCCCAGCUCGGAGAGAUCCCCUCCUCCUGGCAUGAAAGAAGGUGGCCACGCGGGCACUGUGCCAGGAAAGAAAGCAGUGAGCUUGGUGAAGGGGAAGUGUGUGAUGCACACAGCGGACCGAUUCCGAGUAGAGGUCAGCUACAAAACCGAUCUGAUCGCUUUGUUUAAAAGCAUGCCCAACAGGAACUACGAUCCGGCCACCAAAAUGUGGAAUUUCCGUCUGGAGGACUACAACCAGUUGAUGGAAGAGGUGCAGAGGAUUUCCUCGGUGACCCUGAAGCCGCUGGAGGGAAUGGAGAAUGUGGACUUGGCUGCAGCGACGGCUGUGUCUGCUAAAAGUGCCACUCUGGGUGCCGUGCUGAGGCUGUGUGCCAACUGGCAGAACCCCAGCGCCACCAUGCAGGGCCGCUGUGUGCUGGUGUCACGGUCGCGCUUUGAGGUAGAGGUGGGCUUCCAGGCUGAUGUCAUCGAGGCGUUCAAACAGAUCAGCUCCAGGAACUAUGAUAUGAAGACCAGGAAUUGGAGCUUUCUGCUUGAGGAUUACAAGGGGCUAAUGGAGGUGCUGUGUAGGAUCCCCUCAGUGGAGGUUGAGCCACUCCCUCGCGCUGUGGUGCAGGCCUUUGCCACCCAGUUCAGCCAGACCCAGCCCAACAAGCCUGAGAUCCCUGAGGCUGACCUCUCCAACAUCGACCCCAUGCUGGAAAACGGCCUCAUGCACUUCCAGAGAGAGGGAGUCAACUUUGCUGUGUCGCGGGAGGGCCGGCUGCUCCUGGCUGAUGAUAUGGGCCUGGGGAAGACGGUCCAGGCAAUCUGCAUAGCAGCGUACUACAGGAAGGAGUGGCCCCUGCUGGUGGUAACACCCUCUUCAGUCAGGUUCACCUGGGCUGAGGCAUUUCAGAGGUGGUUGCCCUCUGUGAAGGCUGACAGCAUAAAUGUUAUUGUCAAAGGCAAAGACAAUCUCACCUCGGGAAUCAUCAACAUCAUCAGUUAUGACCUCCUCAGCAAGAUGGACAAGCAGCUGCUUGGAACCUCCUUUAAAGUCUUGAUCAUGGAUGAAUCUCACUUUCUGAAGAACACAAAGACAGCACGAUGUAAAGCUGCAAUGCCUCUACUUAAGGUUGCAAAGAGGGUGAUUCUUCUCUCAGGGACCCCGGCCAUGUCCAGACCUGCUGAGCUCUACUCCCAGAUAGCUGCGGUCCAGCCUUCCUUCUUCCCGCGCUUCCAUGACUUUGGAGUGCGCUACUGUGAUGCCAAACAGAUGCCCUGGGGCUGGGAUUACUCUGGCUCCUCGAACCUGUCUGAGCUCAGGCUGCUGCUGGAGGAGUCUCUGAUGCUGCGCCGCCUCAAGUCCGAGGUGCUGUCCCAGCUGCCAGCCAAGCAGCGCAAGGUCGUGACGGUGGCGCCAGACGGGAUCAACGCCAAGACGAAGGCAGCGCUGGCCGCAGCUGCCAAUGACAUGGCCAAGGGGCACAGAAACAAGCAACAAGAGAAGGAAGCACUCCUGGUCUUCUACAACCAAACAGCAGAGGCUAAAGUUCGGGCAAUAAUGGAGUACAUAAUGGACCUGCUGGAAAGUGGGAAGGAGAAGUUUCUGGUGUUUGCUCACCACAAGCUUGUCCUGGACAACAUAACCAAGGAGCUUGGGGAGAAAGGGAUGAGUUAUAUCCGGAUCGACGGCUCUACGCCCUCGGCUGAUCGGCAGGCCCUCUGCCAGCAGUUCCAGUUCUCAGAAAAGAGCUGUGUGGCGGUUCUCUCCAUCACUGCAGCAAACAUGGGGCUGACUCUGUGCUCUGCCGACUUGGUGGUAUUCGCUGAGCUCUUCUGGAAUCCAGGGGUUCUGAUCCAAGCAGAAGAUCGCGUCCAUCGAAUUGGCCAGACCUGCAGUGUCAACAUUCACUACCUUGUGGCCAAAGGGACUGCGGACGACUACCUAUGGCCCAUGAUCCAAGAGAAGAUGAAUGUCCUGGAGCAAGCCGGUCUGUCAGAAACCAACAUCUCAGAGAAUGCAGAGUCUGCCAGCUUCUACUGUAAGGAUCCAAAGCAGAGGACAAUACUGGACAUGUUUCAGAGUUCCUUUGCAGACGAAGGGGAUGAUUUCGAUGAGGCCAUGCUCCUGGAAGCAGCCAGUGCAUGGGAGGAUCCAAACACAGGACUUACUUCUCAAGACAGUGGAAGCAACUAUUUAGAAAGCCCUGGCAAAAAAAGACGCAUUGAAGACUAUUUCGGCAAACAAUAAUUCAGUUGAAACAAAUACAUCUAUAAAUAUUUAUAUUAAUGUAUAUAUAAUUCAUGGUAUGUGUACAUUAAAAAGUGUUUUAUAAUUGUUGGUUUGCUUUUUUCUAGAUUUUUUUUUUUUUUUUUUUUUUUAGAA